GGAGAAGAUGAAGAAGGACCAUACAGGAACGAAAGUGAGGUUUUGGAAAGCCUAGUAGAGGUGAUCAGAUACACAACAGGAAUCACAGAGCAGCUUCCACAGCAUCAGCAUCAGGGCGAAAUGUUUGCGUCAGUUUCCAGACUUUUUACGCCGUUCACGAGGGUGGCACAACCCUCGGCAAAGAGAUACGGCCAUGAACUUGCACCAAGAUACAAGCAGGUGAUGAAGAAACAGAAGGGGAGAGUCUCUGUGCGGACCGGUGGGUCCAUCAAGGGGACGACGUUGGAGUUUGGGACGUAUGGCAUGCGUCUUAAGAGUGAGGGUUUGAGGCUCACGGCGGCACAGCUCCAGGCUGCGGAUAACGUCUUGACGAGGUUCGUGAAGAAGGGUAACGGUACCAUGUGGAAGCGGUUGUGCACCAACGUCGCCGUGUGCAUCAAGGGUAACGCAACCCGUAUGGGUAAGGGUAAGGGUCCAUUUGACCACUGGGCGGCAAGAGUACCUACGGGAAAGGUUGUUUUUGAGGUUGACGGCAUGCACCGUCACGCAGCGAAGGACUCUUUGAGAAGAGCCUGCGAGAAGCUCCCUGGUAUUUGGGAGUUCAUCGACAAGGACACUCCAGCAAGAUCCGGGUUUGCCUACGUCGAGGAACAGGCCAAGGUGAACUACCUCGAAGAGGCCAAGGAGAACCCCACUAGAGAGUUUUCUAACUUCCUGAAGUCCAAGUCUCCGGAAUUCACCAAGUUUACUGGUCGUAAGUAGAUCGAAUCCACUUUUUUCUGUACAUAUACAUACAUAUA